AUGGAGACAUGCCACGGCUCGUUUGCGCCGCGGCUGGCGUCGGCGUCGUCGGUGACGUCUCUGUCCGACGUACUCUCCCCACGCAAGCGCAAGCUCCGACUGCUCGUGGCAGCCACGGGACCGCGCGACACAUCAUGGGCGCAGGCGCUGGUGGUGCGGCUGUCGAAGAAUGCGCAGAUUGAGAUGCGGGCGAUAGUGGACGACGUGGUGCCGCGGCUGACGCAGACCAUCAUCGUGAUGCAGAACCAGAGCCUGGUGGCCGGGCAGACGGACCACGCCGACGACAUCGAGUUCUACCGGCAGCAGGCCUUCGAGCUGGUCGAGUGGGCGGACCUGCUGGUGUGCGCGCCGCUCGACGCCGACGGCAUCUCCAAGAUGCUGGCCGGCGUGGCGGACACGUUCCUGGGCGAGGUGCUGCGGGGGUGGGACACGCAGAAGAAGAGCAUCAUACUCGUGCCCGGGAUGAGCACGCACAUGUGGUCCAACCCGAUGACCAAGCGGCAGCUCAGCAAGAUCCACCGCAAGUGGUCUUGGAUCAGGCUCAUAUCGCCCAUAACCUGGCACUACGAGGGCGGGGCGUCGACCGAGACGGCCGCGCACACGACGAAGCGCGUGCCCAACUGGAACGGCUUCAACGAGGUGCUGUCCAUCAUCAAGAACCAGGCCGACCUGCUGGGGCUGGGCCGCGACGUCGAGAUAGCCACGGGCGUCGCCGCCGUCGCCGUGCCGAACGGGGACGUGCGCGUGCAGGCGAAGCUCCCGCCCGAGAUCUGGACCAUGAUCCUCGACCACUCGGGCGACUGGGAGCUCGCCAAGGCCCUGGGGGUGUACACCAACCUGGCCAUGCCGGCGCACUGGACGCUCCUGCCGCGCGACCCGGCCACGGCCCUGCACGUGUACGAGCACGAGCUGGAGUGGACGGUGCUGACGUGCGACGCCGCCGCCAUCUGCAAGAAGCUGUCGCAGUCGCCGCCCGGGUUCCAGGACCUCCCGGCGCAGGUGGUCCGGCUGGUGAUCCGGUUCGCCCUCAUCGACGUGCUGGAGUACCUCGAGGCCAACCGGCCGGACCUGUUCAAGGCGUUUGGCGGCACCACGCUGCCGACCAAGGCGUCGGCUUACUACCCGCGCACCGACAUCCUCGACUACUGGAAGCAGAGCCGCUUCUUCCGCGACAAGCACAUGUACGACGCCGAGGCGGUGGACGGGGCGUCCAAGAACGGGCACGUGCGCGUCCUGGACUGGUGGUGGCGGCGGUCGGGCUUCCCCCUGCGGUACACGGAGACGGCGCUCGAGCAGGCCAGCGCCAACGGCCACCUGCUCGUCCUGGAGUGGUGGCGCGACGCGGCCGCGCAGGAUGACAAGGUCGUCCUCCGCCCGGGCCGGUCCCUGCUCUGGGCGACGCAGUACGGCCGCGCCGACGUGCUGGCGUGGUGGGACGCGUCGGGCAUCCCGGUGGCCCACGGCGACGGCGUGGCCAAGAUGGCGAGCCGGUGGGGCCAGGUCCAGGUCCUGGAGACGUGGAGGCGCCUCAAGGGUGACAGCAAGCUCGUCUUUGACGACGAGGUCCUCCUGGCGCCGACGGUGCACCAGCACGUCCACGUGCUCGAGUGGUGGAGGAGGUUCGCCCACGGCGAGCUCGAGGGCAUGGACGGCAGGGGUCAGGACGUCGAGUUCCGCACCUGCAACAUCGAGGAAGCGCUCGAGGACAGUAUCGGCGAUCAGAGCUACGUCAGGCAGUGGUGGACUAGCAACGGGCUCAAUCUGGGGCUCAGGAACGAGGAGUGGCUCAAGCUGCGAUGUCUCUAG